AUGAACAAGCUCAGUUUGGUUUUCGCUUUCCUGUUCCUGGGAGUCGCCAUCGGCGAGAUGCUCCCUGGUGAGAUGGAGUACGUGCAGCCGGAGCCUGUCUACGAGCGCCCGGCCGAGCCUGCGCCUCUGGGAGUCUACUUCGAGCCCGAUGAUAUGGACGACAACCCCGAGUUCCAGAGCCGUGUUGUGGGAGGAACUUCCGCUACUUCUGCCGCCCAGUUCCCGUACCAGGCUAGUUUGAGGACUGCUGGCAACGCUCACUUCUGCGGCGCCACGAUCAUUGGAACCAGGACUGUUCUCUCCGCUGCCCAUUGCACGAUUGGACGUGGAACUGGCGCCACUCGCGUUGUCGUUGGAACUCACCUCCGUCUCUCCGGAGGAAUUUCCCACGCAGUCAACAGGAUCGUGAACCAUCCUAGCUACAACGCCAACACCAUCGCCUUUGAUGUGUCCAUCGUGCAGACCAGCGCCACGUUCACCUUCAACAACAACGUGCGUCAGUGGGGAAUUGGAUCUGCCCACGUUGGAGGCGGAGUCACCGCUAUCGUCUCUGGAUGGGGCCAGACUUCUCACCCUGGAAGCCUUCCCAACGCUCUCCAGUGGGCUUCCCUGACUGUCUUGACCAACGCCAACUGCCGCAGCCGCCACACCGCCAACAACGCUCAGCUUGUCUUCGACCACAAGAUCUGCACCUUCACUCGCGUCGGCCAGGGAAUCUGCAUGGGCGACUCCGGCGGCCCACUUGUCAUUGGCAACAAUGUCAUUGGAAUCCCAUCCUGGGUCAUCCCAUGCGCCCGUGGCUUCCCAGAUGUCUACGAUCGUGUCUCCAGCCACAGGAACUGGAUCAUCUCGGUCAUGUAAACGACUCAUUGCGUGAUUACUCUGGACAACAACUUUUUGUGAAGCAGACUUAUCUUAUGAAAAAUACA